AUGACUAAAAAAUAAAAAAAAGUUGAUUAUAUAAUAGACAUACUUGAAAGCAAAUAGUUUUUCUAAACUUAUUCGAUAGAUAGCAAAAUUGAAUCUUAUGGAAGAAAUAUUAUUUUGGAUGGCUAAUACUUAUAAUUAAAUAUUGAUGAUGCUGAUAGUAUUGUAAUGGCUUUGAAAAAAAGAAAUUUACUGCUUUUGAAUUUUAUUAGAGUUUUAUUAACUAUUAUCACUCAUAGCAAUUUCAAAAUCUAAGAGAUUUGGGCAAAAUUUCUAAUUAUGAAAGUUUCUUUCUUGAUGCCUAGUAAUUUUGUUCAUCAUUAGUUUUAGAUAUGACUAUCAGAGAUUUAUCACAGAUCAGUUAUAAUUAAAAAGGAUAAUAUUCAAACUUGUCCUUAAUCCUAAAAUUAAUUGACCGUUUAAGAAUUAGAUAAUUUGGAUCGCUUAAUGAAUUCUGUAUUUAAUUCUCAUUCCUUAAAUAUUAGUACUGUUGCUUUUAGAAGAGCCUGAUCUUUGA